UAUAUAUAUCCACACACUUAAUGAAGUAAGAAAAGCAGAAGAAAUUGUGUUUGUACAUUCUUAGUUGAGAAAAUACAGUUAUGGAUGACCUACUCAUUGUCUCACAUCUAAGCAAGUUUGUGAUAUUCACGUUAGUUUUAACCUUGUCGUUUUAGGUUUGGGUUAUAGUUUUUGAAACGGUUUGGGUUGUAGUUCUUGUUUCAAAAUACUUGGAUUCUGUUACUGCUUGCUUUGCUCUCUCUAAACUUUGAUUUCGACAGGGAAACAUUUAACUCAGAAGUGAUGUCAAAACUUCUUUUUAAAUGCUGUUGAUACAAUAUUUUUCAGUUGGAUUCCUGCAUUAUUAUGAGACACACUUUGGAGUCUUUUUAUUGUUAACCUUGUUUUUCGCUGUCUUUUUCAUCAUCCCUUCAUAUCCUCUUUUACAUUUUUAUUAACUAUUUAUCACAGUAUAUGUAGGAGCCACAUAAUUCAACUUAUUGAAUGAAAAAGAGAGAAAAUUGUCAGGCCAGGAUCAAUUAGAAUAUAUGAAAGCAGCAGGUGAAGAAAGAGCUGCAACAUUUAGUGGACCUCACCUUCUCCACAUGAUUGAAAGCAUUGCCCCACUAGAAUCAUUGAACUACAAUUCUUUGAAUAAUGCUGGAUUAAAGAUUAUGUCUUUGCAAAUAAGAUGAAGAAUGUUUGAUAUUUCUGAAGUUAUAGUGUUUGAUGCUGUCUAUCUAGAUACUGUGACAAGGAGACUUUUUGAAAAUUAGGUUCCUUAAAGUUGACAAGACAGACUUGUGGGGGAAAAAAAAACCAUGUCUAGAUAUAUAGAUAUAGUUAUUUCCAAACAGCCCUCUCUCUCUCUCUCUCUCUCUCUCUCACACACACACACACACACACACACACACACACACACACACACUAUCUUAUGCAUGUGUAUGUAUCUUUAGACAAGAACCUUUUUUUAUAUGGUAAUUUACUUGUUCUUUUUAUUUGUAGUUGUAAUAAUAUGUCAUAUGGAGAGUGAGUGAGAGAGAGAGAGUGGGCGCACUAACCAUGUGUUUGAGUAAUUACUAUCAUGCGUUGGAUUAGAACAGUAAUAGGUACUUCAUCCUCAUUGUUCUGGAGAGGCACCAGACCCUAUAUAUAUCUUUUAUGCCAAGGAGACAUAAGAGUUAGAGGAGAGUGAGGUCCCCUUUGUCGCUGCAUGGAAAAAUGCACAACACAAAGCAAAGAGGCGGAGCUUGCCUGGACCCAUUCAACAUAUAAAGAAACUUAGUGUAACAUUUAUUGUCUCUCUCUCUUUCUCUUUCUCUUUCACUCACUCAUACACACACUCAGAGUUUUGCUCCACAUUCUUUUAAAUACAGCUGCUCACCUCUUACCCGCCAAGUUAAGGACCAAUAAAAUACUUCUCUUGCCUCAGUUUGCUUCCCCUUCCUCUUUUUUUCUGCUGCCUACUGUCAAGAACUCCAUUCUUCCACUCGAAAACAACAUGGUUUUCUUGAUUUCUCCAUUAUUCUACAUUCUGAGUUGUGAGCAGUUAUUCUUUGUUGAAAAGUAGUUAGUACAAAGGGAGGAUAAGCACAUGGGGAGUGGCAGAAGGGCGUUGAGGGUUCUAUUUGGAGCUAUUGUGUUUUUGGGGGUUCUUUGGUUCUUAUGUGUUGGAAUUCUGGCUAACCAUGCUAUAAGAAUAACAAGAAGAGCUCAAGUUGUUUCAACUGAAACUUUUGAGCAUUCGAUUUUGAUUGGAAGAGGAAGAUAUCAUCAUCACAAGGACUUGGAUCUCAAUUAUGUGAGCAAGAGAAGAGUGCCAAAUGGACCUGAUCCCAUUCACAACAGGAGAGCAUCUCAGUCUCGUCAACCACCAGGUAGAACCUGAAUCACUGAAAGCCUUCGAACUAUGUGCAAGACAAGUAUCAGAUAUCAACCAGAACCUGAACCUGGUGUAUAUUCUUAGCAGAAAUUUUUGGAAUUUGUGGAGUGAUGAUUACUUUUCUAUAAAUUUUGGUUAUUGUCCCUUGAUUUAUCACCCAAGCAUACGCUAGACUUAAGAAUCGUCAUCUAGGAUUCAUGGGUUUUGCAAGGAUCAGAAGAAAAACUUUGAGAAGAAUUUGAACUUUUGGCUUUGUGGUAAAUCCUUGUGCCUUUGUUUAAUCAUAUUUUGUAAAGGAUAAGAAUCCUCUUGGAUAGAUUUCUCGUUUCAAGGAAGAAAAAAAAAGGUAAAAAAGAGAAAAUGUAACGGAGUCCAAGAAAGGUUCUAGUAUCGUACGUGAUUGAUAGCGGCUUCUUGUAAGAUUAUACUAUUCAUCUA